UUCUCUUUCCAAAAGUAUCCUCUACAGUCUACAAGACACCUAAUAAAGAGGUAGACAAAAACAAUAUUUGCUAAAACAAAAACCAGAAAACAAAACAACACAAAAUUUGGUAAAACAAAACAAAAUUUAAGAUGCACAAUCAUUGGAGCUGGGGGAUGCUGCUGCUAAUGGCACUCUACUUACCGCUAAUCACACAACCAUCAAAGGCUAAGGAACUCAGGCCAUCAGAUCAUGGACUAAAGGCGGACCCACCACAAGCAACCCCACCUCAAAUGUCAUCAUUCUUUGGCAACGCCACACAGCCAUUGCCAGAGGCCGCCAAAAACGACAGCGAUCCGUCGUGGACUGCCCAGCCUGUUGGUGGUUCAAAUAAUGUUAGGAAAGUGUUGAUUGUUUCUAGCUUGGUUUGUGGCAUUGCUGGCGUUGGUUUAUUGGUUGUAGCUGGCUUUCUGUUCUUACGUCGAACUAGAAGAAAUUAAUGAUUUGUUAUAGUGCUAGCCAGCUAAUUAAUAAGUUUGUCCUUCUUUUUUUUUAAAGUUUAAUAGCUAUUAUAGAUUUUAGUUUAUAUUUUUUUAUUUAAUGUUGUUUAGAUGUGGAAAAAGCGGACACUCAAAUAAUUGUUGAAUUUAUAUGGUUGAAAUUGAAAUACACA